GCCCAGCACGACGGGCUCGGCGGAGGUCCCGGCCUUCCCACCGCUCCAGCCGGGAGCUGCCCGUGCCCCCCGCAGAGGGGAGCCCGGCACGGGGGGUGCGGGGGUGGCGGCGGGGCGGCCCCGGUUUGCCCCCCUCGCUGAACCGGGCGGCCUUCGGCCCCGGGAAUUGUCAUCCAUCGCUAUGAAAAACGACAUCCUGUGAGUUUGUUUCAAGCUUUCUGCCUCAUCAGCCUGCUUCAGAUAAGCUGUGCUCUGAGCUCUCCUGGGGAGGGUUCGUCUCCUUGGAGAAGCAUGGCCUUCCAUGGCUGGAAGUGGCUCCUCCUUUUGGACAGGCAGAACUUCUUUGCCAAAGCUUGGAGUAGCAGGAGGGGAGGCUGGAAGCGCUGUUGCCAUUGGAGUGCUGGCAAGUCUCUGGACCCCGAGGUGAAAGCAUUUUUGGAGGAGAACACGGAGGUCACCAACAGCGGGCACCUCACACCAGAGAUACGGCUGCGCCUCCUCACCCCUCGCUGCAGGUUCUGGAGAGAAAAACCCGACCUGUGGCCUUACGGGGACCCAUUCUGGGCAAUUUACUGGCCAGGAGGCCAAGCCCUCUCCAGGUACAUUUUAGAUAAUCCCCGCGUCGUUAAGGGACGAUCAGUUUUGGAUCUUGGAAGUGGAUGUGGAGCAACAGCAAUAGCUGCUGUGAUGAGUGGGGCAUCCCAAGUCCUCGCUAAUGACAUCGACCCUAUUGCAGGAGUGGCAAUGAUCCUGAACUGUGAACUGAACCACCUGAAUCCCUUCCCCAUCACCAUUAAGAACAUCAUUAAUUCAGAGGCUGGCAACUGGGACCUCAUUGUUUUAGGAGAUAUGUUUUAUGAUGAACAACUUGCUGAUGGUCUGCAUCAGUGGCUGAGGAAGUGCAUCAGGAUACAGCAAACUGAAGUGCUGAUUGGUGACCCUGGCAGGCAUCAGUUUUUAAGCCACAGCAUUCACAGUCAUUUGCACAAAGUUAUAGAAUAUUCACUUCCCGAGUACACUAGACAAGAAAACCAUGGAUUAACAUCAAGUAUCGUCUGGAGUUAUCAGCCCUCAAAUGGCUCAGAAGACUGUUGAAGUUGGCUUUGUAAGGAAUUUUGUCUUGCUUGGUUAGCUUUGUAGUGAGUAUGUAAAAAGAAAAUGGGAAUGAAACACAGUACAUUAUUUGUUAAUGUAAAGCAGAUUCCUGUACCUUCACUGAACUGAUUUGUCAUACUCACUGAGGCUUUUGCUCCAUUUGAGGUAAAAGCUACAUGCAAACUGUAUCCAGAGGGCCUGCACUGAAGUGCAGACCCACAGAUGAAUCACACAUAAGAGUUUGCAUGCUUGAUGUUUUUCAUGUAUAUUUGUGUCUUGCUCUCUAACAGUACUGUGAAAUGUUUUGGAUGUCCAGUACACUGCUGUGGGGAGAGGGCCAUGGCUGACAGACUACUGCACUGCUUUCACAGACUUUUGCAGCUUAUUUAUAGAGAAAUUGUCAGUGUCCUUCAUAAAAUUCUAAAUCAUAAGAGAUUAAUAGUUCUUAAUAUGCUCAACUUAAAGUGCCUUGCUCCUUUUCUGGAUCUCUCUUCUGAAUGUCAGAGUAACUAAUUUGAAUCUCCCUUUUUUCCUCUAUAAUAAAAGCUUACUCUUCCUUCAAACUGCCUGAGUGAUUAUGUAGGAGUUGCACACAAACCUAAAAUAGCUUCUUGACUGGUAGCCAGUGUAGAAGUUUUUAGUAAGUGGAAAGUACCUAAACAGUACUAGCUAUGGGGUAACUUGAUCAUCUAGAGAGUAGGGUGAAAUUACCUACAUAUCUGAACUUUGCAAGGGUAAACCAGGCAAACUAUCACCUUGGGAAGCUGCUGAGGGAUGGAGAAAUCUUUCCUUGUGUGACAAACAGAAUAUAACUAAAUAAAAACAGGGAAUAAAAGUCUGAUAUAAUUAUUUUGCUCUUCUCUUGAGGAGAUGCUGGACAACAAGCUCUAGAAUUAUUCUCAGUUACAUCUGCCAAGAAAGAACUGUCUGCAGGGUCAAAAAAACAUUGUUCCACAGGUAAGAGGCUGUAACUGCAGCCAUUUGAAGAAACCACCACUGUUUUCAAAGCAGUCUUGCAAGAACUGUCCCCUUUAGCAGUCAAUUACUGAAUAACCAUUGAUGGGGAACUAAUACCUGCACAACCAACAGAAUGCACUUACAACUAUUCAAAUACCAGGUUAUGUGGUAGAAGCUUAUAAGUGUGAACAAGUAUGUGGUAAUCACUCAGAAAACCAUGGUAUUUAUGAAGCAGGAGGCUUAAGAGCACAGUCAGAUGUACAUGUUAUGUAAUUUAACAAGUUUCCAGAACUACCCAAACAGAUGUCUUACAAACUUUAAUCACCUGAACAAUAUGUGAAUAUUCUGCAGUGCUCACCCAACAUUUUGCAACAGUAACAAUAUCCAAACAAUACAGAAAUAGGAAGUGGUAAGCACAUACAUGAUGUUCUUCUCCCACUUCACCCAGUGCUUGCCAACAUUUGUUGAAAAUUACUGUGAUUUAACCUGAAUCAAAAAAUACUCCAGUAGAGUUAUGCAAGUAAGAAACAUGUAAAAGUUCUACUGGGGAAGGAUUUAAAGUGACUUACAUUAAACUUUCAAACCUAAAAAUGUGGUGUUAACUCGUUGCCCUGUUGUACAGAUUUUUUAAGCACUAAGUUAGACAUUUAGAAGAGGCUGUAGGGGAAAAUGGUAAAUCUACACGCCCAUUUAAGGACACACUAUAGGCUGCAUUUGCCUUCGACAUAACAACAUGACAAAUCCAAGGUUACAUUAGCAAGGGGGGAAAGGACAACUUUGCCAGUGAGGUUAGCAGUAGUAUUGUCCCACAGGCAAUUUUUUUUAAGUGUCCUGUGCUAUUACAGAGUUUGGUGGUCUUCCACCUCUCGCUACUGUACAUAAGCUUAAUUUGUAACUUUCUUUCUGGAUGUAGCACUUGGGAGUCUGGUGGCCACCACUUUGUAACAUAACAUGAAUUGUUACGUGCCAGCAACAGAGUGAGGGAACUGGACUUGUUCAGCUUGGAAAAGACAGGGCUUCAAGGAAGGUCUGAGCAGCCUGACCACACCUAUGAGGAGGCCAUCAGGAUGACAGCCAGGCUCUACCAGCGAGAGGAAGGGUGUUGACACAAAAUAGGGUCAAACAGGACAGAAGGAAAAAAAUUUCAGCAUUAAUACAGUCAAGCAGUGGAACAAGUUGCCUCAAAGGGUUGUGAAGGCUCUGUACCUUCAGUUUUUCAAGACUUGGCUGGAUAAAGCGUGGACUAAGCUGGUUUGAGCUUUGAGCUGGCCCUACUUUGGGCAGGAAGUUAUACUUGAAACCUCCCAAGGCUCCUCCCUUCUUCAGUUAACUUUCAAUUCCACUUAGUCUUUUUGUGGCAACCUUCCUGAAACCAGGAAUGCUUUACCCAUUGGACACAAUUACUGAGCCUCUCAUUGCUGCUGCCUAAUCAGCUAGAUGGAUCAAUAUCAAAAAUAGUGCAAAACAAAUUUACUGCCAACUCACGUCCAAGAGUUCAAAGGAAUGAUGGGCCCUGAUUGAUACCAGGGACUACACAGGGUAUAAAAAUAAACUUAGCCAAAAAAAAGGAAUAAAACUUGGUAGAUUAGGUUAUUAAUCUAUCCAAUGCAAGGAUCUGCUGCAGUUACAGCUUUCAGAUGCUUGUGGAUAAUGUAGCGAAAUCAACUCCUGUUUGCAAGAAUGGUUUGUGCUGGUGCAGCUGUACCUAGAGGGAUCACAGUAACACACUCAUCACUGGGCUGAGCCAUGGUACUCCAUGCAACAAGAGUAAGGGAUUUAGGCACUGGAGUUGGAAAAUUAUGCUUUUAGUUACACUUGAACAACUUUUCUAAAUAGAUUUGCUCUUUCAUGAACCAUAUAAUCACAAGAACGAGAUCCUUGUCAGACAUCAUAAUAUCCUUUAAUAUUGGCUGCAACAUGUAUCUUCCAUGCAAUUUGCUUGAACUUUGAAUAGAUUAGUAGAAGACUGGUUUAUUUCUGCAACACUUAAAAUAAGUGUGGCUAUGACAGGUGUUAAAUUGUAAAGUAAACAUAUUCAUUAUAGUUGCCUAAACUCAUAAGUUUCCAAAUGUCCUCAGGAUUCAUCUAAGACCACCCUAGCUAAACCCUUCUACUUCCACAUAGAGUAUCAACCUAGUGUGCUCCAUGCCCUGUACAAUGCUAAAAUUGCUAGCAUUUAAGAAGUUUAAUGCAGAAAUCACAGAAUUCUCAUGAGAGAUUAUGCUGGUUCAAGAAAGCCAAUGAACAUGACUUGUAACUGUGAUGAGACCACUGCUCCAUCAUGUAAUCAACUCAUUCUACAAUUCAAAAAUUUUUUCUUUAAUAUGACUAUAAUUAAACAAUACAUUUAUUGUUAUUUUCAGCUUCUGGGGGACCCUGGAUAUAUAAUAAACUGCAUACAGCAGAACACAUACUCUACUGAACUCUACCAUCCUGAGAUUUAUAUACUCAAACGCAAAAUUUGGUCCUAUUUCACUCACAGCUAUGCUUAUGAGUACCAAUGUUUUGUUCCCUAAAAGGAUUUUCAUGUAGAAACGUAGGCAAAAGCCAGAGCAAAUUAAGUAUUUGCCCAUAUACAAAACUCUUUUACAGGUCAUAGCUACUACUCUGAAAUUUGUAAAGUCACCAUAACAAUUCCAAAGCAAGUUUAUGUUCACACAUUUACAGACUGUAGCUUUGGAUACAUAAAAAGCCAGCAAGUAUUUGAUGGUAAGUAAAACCAGAAAUCUGCAGCAUCAGUAACAUCAGAAGAAAGGUGCCUACAUUUUUCAUUCCAGAUCUAGCAGAAGUACAUGGUGAAAGGAGAUUGUUACUACUAAAAAUACAUUUGUAUUGCUCUUAAUGCCACCUCCAUUCACCUGUUCUGUCUGAUGACUUUUGUCAGAUUUAACUGCCAACUUUACAGACACUUCUGUGUGAGUGUCAAUGAUGUGUUUAGGCUUGGUACUUUUAGUUGCAAGUACCUUCCCAGCCUACAAACUCAGAGUUACUUAAAGUGGGUCUGUACAUGUAGCUAAGUUGCUAAAGGAUGCCAAGGAGCAGCCAAGCCUGAUACUUCAAGGAGGCUGAGCUAUGGCUCAGUGUAGUGUUAAUUACAGUUUAACUUUCCUCUUAAUGAAGUAUCCUCAGCGAUGCAAAGAGAGACAGAGCUCCAAGCAGAGACAAUGGGGAAGCCCAGACUCACAGGCAAGGACUGGAAUAGCAACAGAGACCUCCAGUGGGAACCAGGAGGGACACAAUCUGGUGGUACAAAAGUCACCAGCUGGUUCUCCAAGGUGCUUGCUUGCUGAAAGGGCUCUCCCAUCUGUAAACUUGACACUCAUUUGUACAGGAUAAAUAAUCAGUAAACAGUCCAUGUGACUUGCUUGAUUUUGUUUGAUAUGAUGAGCUCCUCUAAAACAUCUCGGGAGCGAUCUGCAAAAGAACGAAGGACUUUCUUGUUAUUGAUUCAGAACACAUACAGGUGGUGUUCAGAAAUAAGCUACACAACACAGCAAAGUAAUUCAAUUAUACACCUGCAUUUAUGCUUAUUUUGCUGUUACAAUAUCACACUUCAGAUACACCUGUAGUAAUCCAAAACAACUUGUUUCUUUCUCCAAUCACCUAACUAUAAAGCAUCACCAACCAACAGGACUUAAAAAACCCACGGGCUAUCCUACUCCAUUCCACUGUUUCUUGAAUGGGUGCUGUUCCAUGCUUUUGGAAUAGAGUAGGGAUUUAAGAUGCUAACAUUUUUCUGAAGUCUUUGGAUCUUCAUCAGCAUGCUGAAGGCAGAAAAAGGGACAUUAAAAAAAAAAAAUAAAUCUAAUUUUCAAAACAACAACAAAAAAAUCCCUCUCUGAAGGUUGCAUAUUUCAAAGCAAAACUCUCAUCCUGCUUUGAAAAAUCUCAGCGCAUGAUUAUUUUAUCUACUAAGUUAUUAUUUGUUUGGGAUUAUUUACAAUGUAUAGCGUGCUCUUCCAGAGAGCAAGAAGGUACUAUCAGCAAGAAAUUACUCUUCUCACUCCCUGCAUGAUUUGACCUACCUGUUAUCAGUGGGCAUCCAUGGAACAGAAAAAUGUGUAUCUUCGGACAACAAUUAAGGACGGCUUCCACGGCGACAUCGGUCAGGUUCACACAGCGCUCCAUGUGGAUCUCCUGGUAUGAAAAUAGUAGCAACAAAAGCCUGUCACAGCACCCAUAGUUUUAGAGGCAGACCUUUCCUUUGCCCAAGCAGUUUGAGAGAUCCCCACUCACACUCCUCUGUGCACUGCCCCUGUAUGUGGUCUUACACGGACCGGGAAAAUACCCUCAGGAAAAACAAAACAGCUUUUCUAUGAAGAGUCAAAACUGAAAACUUAUAUCGGAGUUUUCCCAAUAUGCACAUAUCAUUCAAGACAACUGAGAAAACUCUUCAAUGACAUUCCAUGGUGUUUGAGUCCCAUCACUUUUCCUAUGACACACGCUCUCCUAGCAGUUUGUUGUCCAGGACCCAAACUGAAUUCUGGUGUUUUCCAAAACAGGCAGGACUCAUGAGUCUCUGGUGAAGUUUCUAAUAUCUAUCUACAUGGUUCCUAAAAGAAGUCUAAAAGCUUCUUCAAGACUAGACUAAAACCUUUCUCUGGAGUUGUAUAACUAUUACCUCUUGUUUGUGCUAGAAAAAGAAAAUCACAAUAAAUU